GCUGGACAUGUUCCACGCGAAGAAGCACUCGUCCGAGCAGGACCAGUACGCUGGGAUCAACACGCCCCAGGCGAGCGAGAUGGGCUCGAGCCGGCGUGGCCUCGACCAGAGCCUCGACCGCGGCCUCGAAGGCCGCCCGACGGCCAGCCACCAGCGCCCCAACACGGAGCCGCGCGGGCCGUCGCAGGCGCCGGUCCACAUGGCCGACAAUGCCGGAGGUAGCGCCAAGGACAACAUCAUCACGGUGCAUGGCUACAUGCACAAGCAAGGCAAGCGCGCGCUGAAAGGCCCGCUCCACAAGAGCUGGAAGAAGCGGUACUUUGCACUCGAGAAGGCCAAGAUCUACUACUUCCAGACGCACCUCGAGUGCCGGCAGUACUUUACGACGCGCAAUGCCGACUUGGUCGUCGGCGCCGUCGACCUCAAGGACGCACUCCAGCUGCGUCCGUCGGCACGCCUCGACUUGCCGACGAAAGGCUUCGAGGUGCACACGAAGCGCCGUGUGUGGGUGCUCUGCCCCGAGUCGGACGAGGAGUACCGCAUGUGGUUCCAAGGCGUCGAGAAGGCGAUCGUGUCCAAUGGCGCCGGCAAUGUCAUCGAGCGCAAGCUCCCGAAUGUGCGCAAGUACGAGAUGAAGGGCGUGACGACGUACCGGUUUCUCUACUUUCUCUUCCUCCUCGCCGGCCUCGUCGAAGUCGCGGCGCUCGUCUUUUGGUUCACGGUCGGCCUCCAGCCGUGCGACCAAGCGAGACCCACGAGCUCGUGCUCGCAGAUCCUCCAGCAGACCAUGGACGACUUGCACUGCCAGGCCAAGCCCUUCAACGGCGUCUUCAGCGUGCCCAAGUUCUGGCUCAAGUUUGCCGGCGUCAGCAACGUCGUGUGCUUUGCCAAGCCGCCGAUCGGGCAGUGGAUCUCGUACUUUUGCCUCCUUCUCGCCGAGAUCCUCAGCUUUGUGCUGGCCGCGAUCUACUACCUCGGCAUGUGGAAGCCUGUGCGCCGCGGUGCGCACUACCUCGACGAGUUUGAGCCCAAGCUCCCGGACGAACAAUGGCCCAAGGUCGACAUCUUUAUCUGCCACUACUCGGAGCCGGCCGAAGAGACGAUCGAUACGCUCGCCGCGUGCAUGAACCUCCAGUACCCGCCGCAUUUGCUCCAGAUCUACGUGCUCGACGACGGCUACUGCAAGACCAAGUGGACCAAAGGCGAAGAGGUCCCGACCAUCGAGCUCAACAAGGGCGUCCUCGAAAGCGCUGGCGACUUGCGUCAGGAAAUUGCGCAAUUUAUGUACGACCGCGUCUGCGACCCGAACGAAGACAUGGAAGUCUACGCCUGGCGCAAGCUCCACUCGUCCGCCAACCUCCCGACGCCGUCCCGGCCCCGUGUUGUCAACCGCGCCGACUGCGCGGUGGGGUCGUUCCGCGACGACUACCGGUACAGCGGCCUUCCGCACGUCACGUUCAUUGGGCGUGUCAAGCCGCCGACGCAUUACUCGAAGGCCGGCAACAUCAACAACGCGUGCUACAACGAAGGCGCGUCGGGUCGCUACUGCAUCAUUCUCGACAACGACAUGCAGCCGCACCCCAAGUUCAUCCUCGCGACCUUGCCCUUCUUUUUCGACUCGGAGGACCGCCAGGGCAAGAGCCAAUUCACGUGCUGUACGUCGGGCUGCAACCGGGUCGCGCGCAUGUGCUGUGCGUCGUGCAAGAUCGCCGGCGUUCCCGAAGAGCAAAUGAGCUUCUGCUCCAAGCAGUGCUUUGAGAAUGCGAUGCACACGGCGUCGGCGCUGCAUCGGCGCCAGGUCAACGGCACGAUGACCGAGACCAACGCCAAGCCCAACAAGGAGCUUCGCUGCGUCACGUGCGACGCCAAGGUCGACAAGAACGGCAUCUGCAAGUCGUGCAAGCGGGCGCACGAUGGCGACGACCAGACCGCCGUCAACUUUGCCGAGCUCCGGCACUACUCGGACGACGUGCGUGACAACACGGUGGCGUUCGUGCAGACGCCGCAGUACUUUCGCGACUGCGUCCAGUUCCAGAUUGGCGAUCCGCUCGGCCACCGCAACGCGACGUUCUACGAUGCGAUCCAGACGGGCCAAGACGGGUACGAGUGCGCGUCGUUUGCAGGCACGAACGCUAUCUUCCGGCGCGAAGCGUUGGACUCGAUCGGCGGGAUUCAGUACGGAUCGCUCACGGAAGACUGCUACACGGGCCAGCAACUGUGCGCGAUGGGCUGGAAGGCGCUGUACUUUCGCAAGGACUUUGAGGGCGAAAUGUCCGAGCGCAUUCGCUUGGCCGAGGGCUUAAUUCCGGACAACGUCGCGUCGUCGCUGGCGCAGCGCAAGCGCUGGGCGAAGGGCAACUUCCAGAUCAUGCUCAUGAAGAAGAGCAAGAACUACACGGACCCGAAUUGGAAGCGACCGGACUGCGCCGUGCCCAAGUACAAGAAGGCCAACCGCUUCAUGCGCAAGGUCUUCUACAUCAACUCGACCAUUUACCCGAUCGGGUCGAUCUGCGCCGUCCUCUUUUACUACAUUACGCUCUACUUUCUCUUUACGGGCUACGCACCGAUCUACCUCGGCGGCCUCCGCCUCCUCUACGCGCUCGUGCCCAAGCUCCUCAUCCAAGGCAUGCUCUCGGCGCUGAGCAACCGGUCGGUUGAGAACAACGACGUGGUCCGGUCCCAAGAAGCGUGGUUUGUCUACGCCUUCACGCACACGUCGGCCGUCUUUGAGACGUUUUGGUGGAAGAUCUCGGGGCGCGAGCAGUCGUGGUUUGUCACGGGCAGCUCGUCGCGCGGCUCGAUCACCGAGCUCCCGAACGUGCUCGUCUUUUUUGCACACGUCUUUGGCGUGCUCUGGGCGUUGAUUCGCUUCUUCGCCUCGUACAACACGCUGCAGACGUCCCACGGCGCGUCGCUCCUCGUCGCGAGUCUCAUGAUGGGUCUCUUCAUCGCGACCAAGCUCGGUCCGAGCGUCCGCAUGUCGAUCCAAGAGUACUUUGGGUGGAGCUACUUUAGCCUCAUGGACCAAGGCAACUUCAUUGGCCAGUCGCUCAUCGCGUUUGGCCUCAUCUUUAUCACGCUCUGGGUCUACAUUGAGCAGCCCAGCUCCAACCCGUUUUAAGACCGUCUACCGCACGACGAAAGCAGUCGUUGCGAUAAAGACCAGACAAUACUACAUGCGUUUUGAAUUGCGUCC